AUGUCCCAGACCUUUAAAUUGGUUCAAAUGCAAAUAACCAGCCUCAUUUCCGUGCUCUUGGUGCCGUUUGCCUUUAUCCAAUCCUUCUAUUCCGAGUUCCCGGGGCAAAAUGUGUGGGAUCGAGCUUACUACCUAACAGACAGGUACAUUGUGCACACACCAAAACACAUUUCCCAAAGACUCAGAGCAGAGAAGGUUCGGUAUGUGCAUAACGGCUUCCAGUUCCAGCAGUACCAAGGCUACAACUCCUACUUAAAGUUCAAGCGCGAUUGCGUAAGCAAGCGGUCUCUCUAUCACAAGCGCACAUUCACCAAAUCUACCAAGGACAAAAAAUACAUUGAGCGCGUGAAAGAAGCCGUGAAAGAGGUGUUCCCAGCUGACCAUGACGAUGGGUCGUUGGCGCCGGUUAUCUUGAGAUUGGCCUGGCACGCUUGCGCUACUUACAAUGUCGAAACCAAGUUAGGGGGCUCCAAUGGCGCUACCAUGAGGUACAUUCCUGAACUCACCGAUGAAGGCAACAUGGGGUUGGAGGUUGCUCGCGCUGCGUUGGAACCGGUCAAGGCUGAGUUCCCCGAGGUCACUUAUUCGGAUCUAUGGACUUUGGCGGGCAAAGUGGCGAUUGAACAUAUGGGCGGUCCCGAGAUCGAGUGGAUCCCUGGAAGAUACGACUGCAUGGAUCUCAAAUAUAUGCCGCCGGCGGGGCUUCUACCUUUUGCUGACAAAGACGCAAAUCACGUGAGAACCACUUUCACAAGAAUGGGGAUGACCGACCAGGAAACUGUGGCAUUGAUAGGAGCACACGGCCUCGGCAGAUGCCAUAAGCACAUAAGUGGCUGGGACGGCCACUGGACUCAAGACCCGCUCAGGUUCAGCAACGAGUUUUACAAAGCGCUCGUGUCUGAGAAUUGGCACCAGGGCACCGUGCCCGAAACGGGAAGACGCCAGUACUAUAACGACGACGAGAGUUUGAUGAUGCUAAAUACUGACAUGGAGUUGCUUCGAGACCCACUGUACAAGUUCUUCGUUAUGGAAUAUGCCAAAAAUGAGGCAAGGUUCUUUCAAGAUUUCGCAGAGGCUUUCGCUAAAUUGUUAGAGCUCGGCAUUAGAAGAGAUACAAAGGGCGACGUCGUUUUGAGAAGCACGUACAUGUGA